AUGGCGUCCACAGGGUUCUACACGCUGGAGAACGGCGCUCCGGAGCUGCUGCAGGAGCUGUAUAAGACCGCGGAGGACAGCGCCGCGCCCACCAAGCCCGUGUACCUGGGCGACUCGCGCCGGGAGAACAACAUCGAGGCGCAGGCGGACCCUGUGGAGCACAAGGGCAUCCGUCUGCACGGCUGGGUCAUCGGCUCCAACAAGACCCACAUCACGCCCAUCGACACAGUGGACGAAAUCGGCGAGGCGGCCAAGUUGACGCCGCCCGAGAUGGUCUUCGGCAAGAACCAGCUGCUGCUGUUCCACGAGCCGUCUGGCGUGUGCUACAACUUCCUGGCGGUGGAGGCGCUCAAGGGCGCGCACUUCCCGCCGCCGGCCAGUGACCAGGCGCAAGACAUCGUCGCCAACCAGCAGCUCAAGGUCUCCAUCGCCAAGCACAACACCAACAAGGAGGACGUGAAGGAGCUCGACAUCACGUACGACUGGACGUACUCGACGGACUACAAGGGGUCGCUGCAGCGUCUCACGAAGACUGAAGCCUCGCCUGCGACUUUUACAAAGAGUGAUGAGGAGGCGAAGGUGGAGGCCACGCGCGAGCGCAUCAACUUUGAGAAGCUCAAGGAGCGCGAGCCGAUUCUUUGGUUCGAGGACGUCGGGCUGUACGAGGAUGAACUGCACGACCACGGAACCUCCGCCAUGUCCGUGAAAGUGCGCGUGAUGCCGUCGGGGUUCUACGUGUUGUCACGCUACUGGAUGCGUCUGGACCACGUCGUCGUUCGUCUGCAUGAGACGCGCAUCCACCACCUCUUCGGCAACGACCACUUCAUCCGUGAGUACACGCGCAAGGAGGAGCAGUUCGACGUGCUGUUCGCCAAGGGCCACCCGAAGAACAUGGCCAACUACACCAACAUCGACACGUUCCAGCACCUGCUGCCUGUGCGCGAAGCUGUGAUCGAGAAGGUUUUGCUCCAGUGA